AUGGCAAAGCUUCAACCACAAAGUAAAAUAGCAUUCGACAUGAGAAACUCAAGGGACUGGAAGGAUGAAAUUUCAAUCCCUAAUAUCAGCGCUCAACUUUUCGAUUUUUGCGACACCGACAUAUUUCGUGAUACCUUACCGAACUCUGAGGUUGCUUCCAGUCCUAAAUGCUAUUGCUAUGAGGACCAAAACUCUUCAUAUGCUAUAGUUGAUAAUGAUACCAACAACAACUAUAGUACAGAAAACUUAGACUUGCGAAGCUUACAAAGAGAUCAAAAUGACCAAAAUGGCACCAAUACUAGUACCACCAGUAGCACCACCACAACGGCCACUACCAUAGGCCCAAGCCACCACAACCACCACAAUACUAGUGGCCUCUCCAUCAUCUUCGACUCCCAAGUUGAGAUCGACAAUGACAUAUCAGCUUCAAUUGAUUUCUCUCCCUCUCCACCCUUCUCCACUACCCCUCCUUGCAACCUUAACCCAACCCACAACACCAACACACAUCAAGACCAAUACCAACUUUCCUUAAGUGAUGUUGCAAUAAGCAAUAGUCUUAAUCAAUAUCCUACUUCUAUUGACCCUACAGCGCUGCCCCUCAUGGCGGCAGGACAGUCGCCUUUAGGCUCGGUUUUCGACGAAGAUUGCUUGUCAUCUAUCCCACCUUUCCUAAGGCUUAACCCUCCAGCAGCUGCUGCCACUUCUUCCUCUCACUGCUCAUUUCUUGACCCCUCAAUGACUUCUUUCUUGCAUUGCAAUCUUAACAAUGGAUUAGGUACUGAAAAUUCAGGGAUUUUUACCGGAAGUUUGCUUAUGGCUUCAGAAUUACAACAUAAAGAUCUUGAUUUUCAAGCAGAUAAUAGUGGAAUUUUUUGCCCUGAUCAAUUGUCUCGUUAUAAUUCAGGAGAUAUGCAGGCAUUUAGCAACGAGAACUCACAGUUGGUUAGUGCAGCAACAAGUUCUACCCCCAUGACAACAGAGAUAUCAAGUUUGGAAGAUUCAACUUUUAAAGUUGGGAAACUUUCUGUUGAGCAGAGAAAAGAGAAGAUUCAUAGAUACAUGAAGAAAAGAAAUGAGAGAAAUUUUAGCAAGAAAAUUAAGUAUGCGUGCCGCAAGACAUUGGCGGAUAGCCGACCAAGGGUAAGAGGAAGGUUUGCCAAGAAUGAUGAGUUUGGAGAGUCUCAUAGGCACAUUAAUCACAAUGAAGAUGAUGAUUAUGAUGAAGUAAUGGUGAAAGAAGAAGAUGAUGUGGUGGAUUCUUCAGAUAUAUUUGCCCAUAUCAGUGGUGUGAAUUCUUUCAAAUGCAAUUACCAACAAAUUCAAUCUUGGAUUUAA